CUGACCUCCGGCGGACGCCCCGCCCCCUCCGGCAGAGGAGAGGACAGGUUAAACAUGGCGUCGUCCCUGAGGUGCUUUCUCCGCACAGGAAAGAAUGCAGUGUCGGCUCUGCAGCGGCGGGAGUUUCACAGGACGCUUCCGGUCGCCGUGCAGGUGACGGUCCGUGAUGCCCUGAACCAGGCGAUGGACGAGGAGCUGGAGAGGGACGAGCGUGUGUUCCUGUUGGGUGAGGAGGUGGCUCAGUACGACGGAGCCUACAAGGUGAGCAGGGGUCUGUGGAAGAAGUACGGAGAUAAACGCAUCAUCGACACUCCGAUCACAGAGAUGGGUUUUGCCGGCAUCGCAGUUGGAGCCGCGAUGGCCGGCCUGAGACCCAUCUGUGAGUUCAUGACCUUCAACUUCUCCAUGCAAGCCAUCGACCAGGUCAUCAACUCUGCAGCAAAGACCUACUACAUGUCAGCCGGUCAGCAGUCGGUGCCCAUCGUCUUCAGAGGACCCAACGGGGCGUCAGCGGGCGUCGCCGCACAGCAUUCACAGUGCUUCGCUGCGUGGUACGGUCACUGUCCAGGUCUGAAGGUUGUGAGUCCCUGGAGCGCAGAAGAUGCCAAAGGUCUCCUGAAAUCAGCCAUCAGAGACGACAAUCCCGUGGUGUUCCUGGAGAAUGAGCUGAUGUAUGGUGUUCCCUUCGAGAUGUCUGAGGAGUCCCAGUCUAAAGACUUCACUAUUCCCAUCGGCAAGGCCAAGGUUGAGAGACAAGGGAAUCACAUCACUCUGGUCACUCACUCUCGGUACGUCAGUCACUGCCUGGAUGCCGCUGCCGUCCUCGCCAAGGAGGGGAUCGAGUGCGAGGUGAUCAACCUGCGGACCAUCCGUCCUCUGGAUGUGGAGAGUAUUGAGACCAGCGUGAUGAAGACCAACCACCUGGUGACGGUGGAGGGCGGCUGGCCUCAGUAUGGGGUUGGAGCUGAGAUCUGCGCCAGGAUCAUGGAAGGUCCUGCCUUCAACUACCUGGACGCUCCGGUCACCAGGGUGACGGGCGUCGACAUUCCCAUGCCGUAUGCCAAAAUCCUGGAGGACAACAGCGUGCCGCAGAUUAAAGACGUCAUCUUCUCUGUGAAAAAGACCCUCAAUGUCUGAGACGCACGCACAGGACAAACCCACCUGAAUCCUCUUCGUCUCGUUCACGCAGGCGGUCGUCGUCUGGUAAAAACACUUGUGUAAAUACAGCCAAAUUGAUCCUUUUAGAAAUAUAAAAACGCUCCAGAUUAAUGUUCCAGCCAGAUGUUGGUCGAUAAAGCGCACAACUGUUUAUCUACACCCAGAGCGGUGGGCACACAGGGUUCAGUCAACUCACUGUUUGCCUCUGUUAAGUCACAAACUUGACCGAACUCUGUGUGUGGCUCUGGCUGCUUUCUCCACUUUCCUUCCCUUCAAAAUAAAAGUUGCUCUCUCCUGUAGGGUUUUCUGUGCUUCUAAGGAUGUUUAGUAACAACAAAACUACUGAGUGAACACAAAAAAAUGUCUGAGAGCUGGUUAGAAAGUUAGAAAACUUUAGACUGUUGUUACCUCCACCAAUGAGGUCAUGUUUUUGGUGUUGUUUAUUUGUUUGUCAGCAGUUAUGCAGUGACUAAACAACAACACAUCUCAAAUAUCACUUUAGAAACAAAACACCUUGGCGGAGGUCUGGAGUGCCCGUCUAGUAUUUUGGAAAUCUUUAUUUGGCAGUAACUGAGAACUAAGUAUUGAAACUACUCGCACUGAAAUCUGACAAAACAUCUGAUUUCGAAUUUAAACAUAUUUUUUCCUCUCAGUAGUUUUUGUUGUUAUGGAACUCGCAGAUAUUUCUAACCACCAAAACUAUUAGAUUCAGUCUAUUAACUUUAUUCUUCACUGACUCUGGUUCGUCUCUAAAGAACCAGCAGUGAAGAAGAAUGAACCAUCUGACAGCUGGAGUGUGGUCGGGAAUAUUUAUUGUAGCUGCAGCAGCUCUGUGGAUGUUUUUGUGGCUGUAAAUGACUCUGUUACAGAAAUUAAAAAAAAAACUUUCAGCCCUU